AUGACAGCAAGCGAAAUACCGACCCAGAAAACCGAAGUUAUCACUAUUAACGAUUUUGAAGCAAAAUCAACUGAGCCAGAAGUACCUCAUGAACGUCAAAUCGUCGAUGCAGUAAUCGCCAUUUGGAAACAAGAUCCAUCUACCGAAUCACUUGGAGUGGGGAAAUUGCAUGGUUUAGUCAAGGAAGAACACCCAAAUUGGUCUGUUUCAGAGAAACGUGUCAAGACUUUGUUGAAAAAGUUUGGUUUACUCACAAACAACGCAGGUGGCCAACAAUUUACGUAUGCCAAUGAAAUCAAAUCAGUUUACACUCCUGAUAUCGAGCUCCCACCAAAGGUGAUGAUUGUGUUAACUGGGAAGAGGGGUAAGGGAUUGUAUGCCAAGUCCAAGAUUGCCAAGGGUGAGACUAUUUUUGAAGAGAGUCAACUUUUCAAUGUUCCACCCUUAUCAGUUGUGAAAUUGAUUCAUUCAGGAAAGGCAUGUGCAUACUGUGGGAAGCUUUUACAACAAAACCCAGCGCAUGCCGGUAUAUCCGUCUUGAAAGGAUUGGAUUGUAACAUUUGUGCAGAAAUGUGGUGUCUGCAAGCAUGUAAGAGAGCCGAUUCCACGUUACAUGGGGUAUUGAAACAUAAUGUUUUCAAUCCAAAUGCUCGUGGAAGUAGUGGUAAAAAGAAGGCAAUUGAUGCAAAUGCCUUCUUAGAACUUCAAGAUUAUUCCGAAAAGGAACAAUGGAAUGCAUUAUAUGCAAUUACAAUAAUUUUUGCUAGCAUUAUCACCGAUAAAAGUGGAGUCAAGGGAAGACAAUUCCAAGCCAUGGCUAGAGUCUCACAAGCGAUUAGAUACAAAGCUAUUGAUUCAUCUGCUGGUGCCUUUGAUAACUUCCUGGGUGGAGCCUUGUUUGUGCAAGAACAACAAGAAGAACUUUGGAAAGAAGGUUAUAAGAAGUUUACUAAGGUUUUCCCGGUUGCUACUGAAGAAGGUCUUUUACCUUAUGAAGAGUUUAUGUACAUGAUGGGUACCUACAAUAUCAACAACUUGGACUCAUGUAUCUACCUUACUCAAUCCCACUUAAAUCAUAACUGUGAUCCAAACACAAGUGUCGAAACGUCACUCACCAAUAGACUGGACGGUCUCAAGGUCAUUGCCGCCCGUGAUAUUAGAUCCGGUGAAGAACUUACUACUACUUACGUAAACCCAGCCCACACCGUGCAACAAAGACAACGUGAACUUAGGGUCAACUGGGGGUUUGUUUGUGGGUGUCAAAAGUGUAAGGAUGACUUACAAUCGCAACAACGUCGUAAGUCCAGCUCUAGUGGACCAAAGGACAAGGCUGCAAUUCGAGACAUGUUGAAAUCUGCCAAGGAAGAGGUUGGUGGAGAAGGUAUCGAGUUAGAUAUCCCAACAAACUACAACGGAGAAAGAAGAAAGUCUGUUAGAUUUGAUGAGAAGGUUAUUGCUGUUAGCAAAGAGUAG